AUGCAAUGUGCUUUUCUUAUUGUUCACAUCACAUUUGCUAAUCGGUGUCUUUUUGUGUAGUUUGUUAUCAAAAGUAAACUAUUAUUUAGUGACAAAUUGGGUAAUUAUAACUCAAAAUAGCAUGGGUAAAGCACUAGUUGCUGAAAGGCCCAGAUAUGUCGUGGAGCUGCCACCCCCACCACCUAAGGAUUAUAAAUUCAGUUGCAUAGAUUGCGACAAAAAAUUUGCCAAACUUUCAAGAUUAACGAUGCACCAAGCUAUACACUUAUCUGAGAAACCUUAUAAAUGCUCAUUCGAAGGCUGUGAAUCAUCAUACUAUCGGAAAACUCAUUUGCAACGGCAUGAAGCUACCAAGCACACGACUAUGGGAGGAGGCUUUAAGUGCAGCUUUGACGGAUGUUUAGCCUCGUUUGAUUCCGCGACCAGCUUAUACUUUCACAAUAAGAAGAAACAUUGCGAAAAGAAAUUUUCGUGUCCUAUAUGUCGGGAAAUGUUUAGCAAGAAGUACCAAUUAAAGGAACACACGUUCGAACAUGCUGGCCAUACAACACCGCUUUUUAAAAUUAUGCUAAAUUUUAGGUGCGGUGUACAAGGGUGUAACGAAGAAUUUAGAUUGCACGCAUUAUUAAAAUCUCACCAGAAACUUCAUAGAAAAAGACGAAUUGCUGGCGAAGAGGAAUCUCAAAACAGAAAGACAUAUCAAUGUUCGGAAUGCAAUGAAGUGUUUGAGAAAUGGUCCAGUUGUUUAGCUCACAAAAAAAGUGCUCAUUGCAAUUUAAUGGAGUGUCCUACUUGUAAGAAAAAGUUCUCACAUUCACAUAUUCGUAAUCACAUCAAGAUUCACGCAGAACAAAGGGAUAUCUUUCCUUGCCCUUACGAAACUUGUUCAAAGUCCUACCAACACUCACAGAAUCUUGCUAAUCAUAUCGGGACUUUUCAUAAGGGACGGUCUUUCGUAUGCGGUAUUUGUAGUAAGCAAUUAAGUACUAAGCAAAAAUUGAAUCAUCAUAUUAAUAUCAUUCAUGAAAGUGCUCCAAAGGCUGUACAAGAUACAAAUGAUGAUUUCAUGCUGUCGCGGAGUAAACUGCUUGACAUGUUAUCGGGUGAGACUGACUUUGAAAUAUCAAGGCGUGGACCUGCCAAAGGCGUGCACUUUCCAACGAAUAGCGAUGGGAAUUCUGGCACAAAAGUUACAACAGUACCUUCAGAAUCGUUGGUGAUCAGUGGCACAAAUGAUCUGAGUAACUCGCUACUUGAAAAUUCAAAUUAUUUGGGAGAGGAAUAUUUAAAAGCUUAGCCGUUAGAUUAGUCCGAAUCACUGACUUUGCAUAAUCUUGAUGCAAAAAGAACUAUCUGAUUAGUACUUGACAAGACCCGAGUGUUUGCUGUUUUUAAUGUGAUGUUUUGUUAACCUGUGUUCAUGUGUUACCAAACUAAUAAAUAUACAGAAGUAAAAAAACUCG